CUAAAUUUCACAAUUACUGGUUACCCUGCCCAUUAACCCUGUCCCAGACAGACGUGUCUCUGAAAAGUUGAACCUAAAGGCUGUUUGUUUUGUAACGACGUGUUUAAAACAAGUAGCCAACACCAUCGCCUUGGAACUAUGCCUCACCUGAUAAGCUACACGGCUCUUCAUUUACUCAGACGGAAGCAUAGAGAGUGCGAAGGAGUGAUUUCAUUAUCUUUCUCUGUUAGAAAGAGACCGGAAUCACUCAGUGACUCCUACAGGGUACAGUCAUGAGGAAAGACAGGCUUGUUAUCACGCUUCUGUGCGUUACCCUGCUCAGCGCCGAUCUAUAUUUCGUACUUUUACCAGAGAUUAAAGCUCGCCUAAUUGGAGCCGGGUGCCUCUGUGAGGAAAAGCAGGAAGCAGUGCCAACGGGACUAAAUUUUACUCUGGACGAUGGUUAUAAGAAGGGUACACAGGGACCGAGUAGCGCCGUACUGCCAAAGUUAUCAAAACUACGGUUACUGUUUGCACAUCCGCUGUACCAACCCAAAGCCACGAAAAGGCUCAAAGUUCGGGAUUUCCUUCUGAAACGGGACGAAGCUUUGCACAGUUUCUCCAAGAAGAUGGCACGAUGCAACAGACUGAAAAACAAACCCGCAGCUGGCAAUCAGACUUCAACAAAUGCAGCCAUCAAAGUUACUACAAAUGCAGCCAUCAAAGUUAAUUCUCUCCCCAGCUGGCUGAAGUUCCAAUUAGGAAUUAAUCGUUAUGGGCUUUAUUCCCAGCCAGACUCCAGAGUCGACCAGCUUAUUAAGGAUCUUGGAACCCUGAGUGUUAUCCAGGCUGAUUUCACCCAGGAUGAAAAGGCACUGAAUGGAUAUUGUGACUGCAGCAAAGUUGUGAAACCCAGUGGAGUGCACCUUAAGCUAGCACUAAGGUUCUCAGACUGUGGAAAAGCUAUGUUCAAACCUAUGAGGCAGACCAGAGAAGAAGAAACUCCAGAAAAUUUCUUUUACUUCACUGAUUUUCAGAGACACAAUGCAGAGAUUGCGGCAUUUCAUCUAGACAGGAUCUUAGACUUUAGAAGGGUCCCUCCUGUUGCAGGUAGGAGUAUAAAUGUCACCAAGGAAAUAAGGGAAGUUGCAACAAAUGAAGAACUGGAAAGUGUUUUCUUCAUCUCUCCAGCAAAAAAUGUGUGCUUUUUUGCAAGAUGUCCAUAUACAUGUAAGAGUGAAUAUGCUGUGUGUGGAAAUCCUCAUCUAUUGGAAGGGUCACUUUCAGCCUAUCUUCCUUCCCUGAAACUUGCACCAAGGGUGGCAAUCCCUAAUCCCUGGAUCCGAUCCUAUACUUUUGCUGGAAAAAUGGAUUGGGAAACUAAUCCGUUUUACUGCAGUGAAGUCAAGAAGAAUCCCAUUUAUAACACUGGCAAGAGGUUACUGAAUAUCAUUGAUAUGGCUGUCUUUGAUUUUUUAAUAGGGAAUAAAGACCGUCACCAUUUUGAGGUUUUUACAAACUUUGGAGAUGAUGGAUUUCUUAUUCAUUUGGACAAUGCCAGAGGGUUUGGAAAACAUUCUGAAGAUGACAUCACUAUUCUUGCUCCGCUGAUUCAGUGUUGCAUGAUAAAGAAUUCAACCUUGCUUAAACUGCAGCUGCUUUCAUUGCCAGAUUAUAAACUAAGUGAUGUCAUGAGGGAAUCCCUGCUCCAGGAUUUGUUGGUACCGGUGAUAACAGAACCUCAUCUUCUGGCAUUGGACAGACGAUUGGUACGAAUACUGAAAGCCGUACAAGACUGUAUCAAGACCUUUGGUGAAAAAAAUGUCAUAGCAGAUGACAGUCUGAAAAAUUCCUCCUCUUUUAGCAUAAGAACUAUGAAUGUAUGAUGUACAUUUCAAAAGGGCUGCAAAGACAGAUUUUACAACGAAAAUGUGUUUGCCCUGGAACUUGUUUGCACAGAUUAGUCUUUUUUCACCAGCACACUAUUUAUUGAUAAAGAAUGAGAAGUCUGGGUCUGGAGGAUAAAACUGUCAAACAGAACACUUGGGUCAUGGCGGUUCAAAUCCUCCCAUAACUAUUUGGCUGCUGUUUGGACAUAUUCUUUGGUUCUGCUGUGCUUCACUUUACCCAGCUGUUACUAUUUCAAAAUGUUUCUUGAAAGCUUGAAAUUAUAGAAAAAUACAAUGUGAGUCCUGAGCUGACCAAUUGGGUGCCACAGUGCAUAUAGACUAAUAUAUAGAACCACAUUAUUUUUACAGCUCUCACAAGAGAAGAGGUUCACAAAAAAGACAUGAAGGACUAAAAGCAGUAAACAAUUGUUGCAAAUUAUUGGUGCAUUUUCUAUGAAGUUUGUAGUGUACUUAUCAUGUCUGCAUUAUCAAGAUUGACUGCUUCUGCAAGGGAUGCUUGCUAUUACUUUUAUUACCCCACUUCCUUUAAAUUAUUUGGAAUAAUUUUAAUCUCUGCAGUUAGUAUUUCUUCCACGUCAGAAAUGAGACUUGGUUUCUGUUCUGCUUAUCGUAAUUUGUAAAACUAGGAGUAACAACAUGCAAAGAGGUGAAAUUAAUGACUUCCAUAUACCAGUGGGUGAGCUGAGCUGAGAUUUGAACCCGUCAUUCAUUUUUAUAUCCCAGUUAUAAAAGUACUUAAUUACAAAAAUGCCACUCAUUUUAAAAUGAUUUCAAAUUCAACACAAAUAGAAAUCUUGAUUCACGGUGUAAACAGAUCCAUUUUAGUAGUGUUGCUGGCUACAGUAGAGCAGUGUAAGGCAGAUGAGGCCUGGAACCUGAUAUAUGGCUACUGUCAAAACUGCAGUUAAAGGACUGUGAACUGAAGUCUGAAAAAUAUAUAUUUGAGGCGAUCAGACUGCAGAAGUGAUGUGAGCCCCUCUUCCCAUUUUUAUUGUAGCAAAUCAACAAAAAGUUACUCUGUUGAUAAAAAUAUUAGAAUUACUAAUGUGAUAUUACUGAACUUUCAAUACAUUAUUCUCUGCCUUCCACUUCUUUAUUUUAGACUCAGGCUCAUGCUGUCCUGAAAAAUAAUUCUUGGCAAGACUGAGCAUAAGCAUGCACUGCACACAAAAAAAGACUGAAAAAUCUCAUUGCCAUAGUAAAUAAGAACACAUCCAGCACUAAUUAGAAGAAAGCAAGUGAUGUCUCAUUUUGUCUAAUUUCUGUUGUAUUCUUGUUAUAAUUUUUUUAUUACAGAAAGCAGAUCUGCAGUUCUAUAGUAGCAAAUAAUAAAAUAUGUAUACAUAUUCUAUCUACUUUCAAAAUGCAGUCACGUAUUACAUACUAAAAUAAUUUCCCAGACCAGUUAGUAUGAAGAUGAUAAUAUAGUCCUGUGUAUUUUACUCUAUUGCUGCUUGUAGUUUAAAAACAAAAAAAUGUAGCUUAUUGUAACAAUAAGACUGUUUCCUAAAAUGACAAGCAACCUUUUAUGCUCACUAGCACUAUAUCAGGUGUUUAAAGCUACACAUUCCAUUCUACCUAGAAAGAGAAAAUUGGAUACAAACCAGCUGUAUCCUUUCUAUAUAAAAACAUUAGACAGCAUAAAGUAUCAGAGCAUGGUUUUCCUACUAGUGGAUGAAGCCUGAUCUCUCGAGCUUUGACUGCCUGAGCUUCAGGUCGCCAACGAUUGGAGUUCCUCAGUAGGAAAUCACUGCCGGCAAGUUGUGAAAGAUAUGAUUCCCUAUCUGAGGGAAUUUCCCCCUUUUUCAAGUAAGUGCAACCUUGGAGUUGAUAUAUAUAAGUUCUGGGAGAGUGUGGGGUUUACCCCCAACAUUGAAGGUGCAGAGAAGGGGGGCUUACCCCCGUGCAAAAAUACUUUAAAAAGUGAUUUUCAGCAAGAUGUUCAAGUGAAUACAUUUCAGGGAUUCCGAUCCUCAGUGCAUUUGUUUUGUCUGCUCAUAGUGGAAGCAUGUUUGAGAUAUUCUCUAUAUAUCUGCUCACCCCAAAUAAACAUUGCUUUAAAAUCUG